AUGUUCACCCAAACACUCCGCUCGGCCGCGAUCCGAGGCACAGCCCUGACAGCGCGUCCACGCUUCGUCCCCAGAACGACCGCACCCUUCACACGCUACCUCUCAAGCUCAAGAGCGGCUCGAGCAGCCGAGAAACAUGACGAUCACGACUCACACUUCGACGAGCCCGGCGGCUGGCUGUUUGGUGUUCCACCGGGGGAGAAAUACGAGCCGGAGGGAUGGGAGUUUGACUGGUUCUACAUCUUCUACCCGAGUUUGAUCAUUGCGGGGUUAGUCUACAGCAUGAAGGAGGAUACAUCAAUACAAACAUGGGCGCUGGAAGAAGCAAGACGGCGACUGGAGAAGGAAGGCAUCCUUGAAGAUCCCAAUCCGGAGUGA